UUAAGUUUUUGUUGUUCUUUUAAUGUGCAGACGAAUUUGACACUGAUAACUUACCAUGACGUAUUGUAAGGAACAGCGAUCAUGAUGUGAGUAAGAUUUACAGAUCACCAUGAACACAUAAAUCGCCGUGGUACCUCCAGAGCUUAACUGAAUUUGAACGUCCCAGGAUCAAAAUUAAGGCAAUUAAGAGAUUAUUAAAGCAAUAUCGAUACAAUGAAGUUUCCGUUCAUGUGUGGAGGUGUUACAGGGGAAGCUUCCUGAAAACCUACAAAAGCACUACACCAAAUGCCAUGGCAGGCCUAGAAACAGGAACUGGAACUCCGAUGAGUGACAUCUUCAAGGAUUCAGUGACAAAGUCUUUGUCUGCAUUAUGUUUGGAUGCCAGUUUGUCCGAUGUCAAGUUUGUUUUUCCUGAAGAACCAGGCAAAGUUGGAAUUCCAGCCCACCGACUGAUCCUGGCAAUGCGCAGUGCAGUUUUCAGGACAAUGUUUUAUGGCAGUUUGCCAGAGAAGGGACCAGAAGUGAAAAUUGUUGACAUAGCAAGUGACAUAUUCUCAUCUGUUUUAAGAUACGUGUAUUCAGAUGAAGUUUCCAUUGAUGAUGAGACUGUUAUCCCACUUCUCCAUGCAUCCCAGAAGUACGAGCUGUUGACCUUGCUUCAUGAAUGUGAGAGCUAUUUAGAAGGUGCGUUGAAUGUGAAAAAUGUCUGCACAAUUCUCAACCAUGCAGCUUUAUUUGGAAUGGAAGAUCUCAUCAAAGAUGCAUUGAGCUUCAUUGAAAUCAAUGCAGCAGAGGUAUUCAAAGAAGAGUCCUUCACCUUUCUCACUCAAAGUAACUUUGCUAUGGUAUUGAAAAGUGAAAGAAUAGGAACUGCAGAAAUCAACAUUUUCAAUGCAGCACUUAGAUGGGCUGAUGAACAAUGCUACAAGACUGACAAGACUAUUAAUGGAGAAAAUCGUAGACAAGCUUUAGGGAACAUGUUGUUUCAGAUCAGGUUUAAUCUUCUGUCUUUAGAAGAUUUUUCCAAUGUAGUUGUCCCGACAGAAGUUCUGACAGAUGAUGUUCUUCUGAAAUUCUACAAACUUUUCACUCAAAAGAACUUUGAUCCUGACACAAUUGCAAAUUUCAUCAAAACCCCAAGACUAGAGUACCCUCCCUUAGAAGUAAAUCUUCAGGCCCUGACACAAAUUCCUACCUGCACAUUCGUUCAGUCUAGUGGGGUCAAAUUAGGCAUGGUUGGUGAGCGAGGGGUACAGAGUUUGGAAACUGUUUCAGUCUACACGACUCAGCCAAUGAAAAUAAGGCAAUUAGAUUUUGUUCCUACACCAACUGGCACACCAGAUCAUCCUAAAAUAGGUCACAACCCCCAGGGAGAAUUCCGGAUAGAACAAGCCGUAGUAUACAUUGACGAUGUAUCAAGCGAUGUUGUAAAACCAAUAUACAAAGGUAAAAUUCCUCUUGGUCUCAAAACUUCAAUGAAAUUUGACCUCAUCCUUCAAAUUGGUGAUUGGACAAAAUUGGCAAUCGGGGUGAGUAAAAUGUGUAGUGUAUGUGGAAUUAUGGUCGCCCCAGAAUACAGUAAGAUCCCAGAACAGUACACAAGGAAUAGACACGGUAACUCUAUCAAAUCUCCUAACACUAAAUCUGUAGCUGCAUUUGGGGGCAGCUUCCAGAUAGCCACAUCUGGACAAAAUAUUAUCAAGUCCAUAAGGUUUGAGAAAGAAUAUCCCAUGAAUCUAACUAUUUCUCAAUAGUUACCUUGGUAAGAGCAGAAUACAGGCAUAGCAUCAGAAAGUUCAACUUUGUUGGGAAUAUUUGUAUGUAUAUUGUUGGGCAUUGACUAAAUUACCUUCAUCACAUAAAAGUUAAAA